AUGAUGGAAGGAACCGAGCACGACAGCGAGUCCUUUGACUUCGAGCUCGAGAGACUGCGACUGCUGGGCGAGUCGCAUGCGGGGCGUUCGGAAGAGGAGCGUCAGGCUCUUCUCCGCACGAUGACUCUGAAGUCAAAGAAAAGGCCUCUAGAGACGCCGCAUCAGUCGAAGCACGCCGUCGACACAGGUGGUGAGGAUCGCAUCUAUUCGAAGGCGGAUCGGGCGGGUGAGGUGGUUCCCAAAGAGCCUCAGCAUCGAUACACGCUCCGUCCUCGGUCCGUCUACCUGAAUCAUAGUCAGCGCGCCGUAAUCCUCGCCUGGUUACACGACGUUGAGGAAGCUGACCUCGGACCCACUUCUCCAGCUCUAAGCUACAAGCCAACCAAGCUCGGACAGAGCCUGCCUCUGACCACUCGACGCCUUGCCGAACAUCAGCUCAGCUCCAACGGGGGCAUGCGAAGCUGUCAGGCUCUCGUUGACGCUUCUGAAUGCAGAUCAUCCAGCGACCACAACGCUGAACCUCAGACGUCGCUUUUUCCCGUCAAGCACACCUCCGUCGCCAAAAGAGGCGUCGCAGCGGGGCUUCCGUCUUCCUUGAUCAUGUCGAAGUCGCACACGGUCGAUUGUCUUUCCCCCACGAAACAAGCUGUGGGCGCAAAGGUUUCGGACACCAAGGCGGAUCGUGCACAGGCCGAAAGAAGCACCAUCAGCUUCGGAAGUUCGCCUCUGACCUCACUCACCAGCAGCUGCCGAUCAAGUCCGGUCGACUCUCCACCUACGAGCGAUGGGCACACGCAGAUCUCAGUGACCAAAAGCGCUCAAGUGACUGCAAAGAGCGGCCUAGGGUCGGCAGAAGAGAAUGGCCGCAGUGUCAAGCGCAUUGACGACAAGCUGCCUCCCGUCGCGAAAGAGAAGGCUCCGUCUCACGCCGUUUCGCACCAGCCGACAACAGACCACAGAACUUCCGCCGAUCGCCUCUUCGACUUGAUCGCGAAGCUCAACGAAUAG